AUGGACAUCACGCUCUGCUCGUACAACAUCCGCUUCGUCUUGGACCGCUGGGACGAGCGCCGGCCGUUCCUCGAGAAGACGCUUGCGGCGACCACCGCCGACGUCUUUGCGCUGCAGGAAGUCAACAUUGGCAUGCACCACGGCCAGCACGCGCACCUCCGCGACGAGCUCUCGACGGCGCUGGCGACGUCGUUCACGGCAUUUGCGUCGCCGGGCGCACGCUGGUACAUUGAGCGCAUCCCGUACCUCGGCGCGCUCCUCUCUGGCGAGCGCAACCCGAUCGCGCGCUUCUUCUACGACGGCUACGCGCGCUUCAACGAGCGCUUCCUCGCGACGAUCCUCGGCCGACACACGCAGACCGUCUACCACAACGAAGUGCUGCGCGUGCUCCUCUACGGUCUCCUCGGCACGGGCUGGGUCUUUGGUACGACGCUUCUCGCGCGCUCGGCCCUCUCGCCCGAUGGCGCGGAUGUGCUCCUUGUCGGGGGCUGGCGCGCCGCGCAGUGCGUCCAUGUGACGACGACAGCAGCGGACAAGAAGAUGCUGGUCGUGAACGUCCACCUCUCGUCGGCGCUCGACCAAGAAGACAUUCGCGUCGACGAAGUACGCCAGAUCUGCGACUGGGUUGACGCCAAGUGCGAGGCCGACAGCACUCUCACAGCCGUUGCCAUCAUGGGCGACUUCAACUGCUUUCCCCACGGCGACUGCUACAAGUACCUCGUUGGUCGUGGCUACAAGAGUGCGCAUCACACGUGCCAUUCGGCUGAGCCCGAGGUGACGUUCCAUCAAGGGCUCGAAGCGCCGACCAAGGACGUUGGCGACGAGUGCACGCUCGACUACAUUUUCCUCAAGGGCGAUUCGAUUACCGUCAAGGAUGUUCAAGUCGUCGGCCAAACUCAGUGCGGCGACGACAGCACGCUCUUCCCGAGCGACCACUUUGGUCUCGUGGCGCGCCUCACGCUCGCCGAGUAA